UUUUAUUCUUUUUUACCCUACUCCUCUUGAUUAGUUGAUUCCUCACCAAAUUGUGUGGGGUGUUGGUUAUUUGGUGACGAACUACGUUACCUAAUUAUGCAAGAAAAUAAUCAGCUUGUAAGAUCAAAACCAAGUCAAGCAAAGAUCCAAAAUAUUUUCUGUUUCUGACGGGCCAAUCACUAUCAAUUCUUUGGUAAAACUUUCUUAAUAAAUUCCACAGGAAUAUCAAUUAUUAAUACACAUAUCACAUCUUCACGCUUUCCCAAAAGUAUUGGUUUUUUUGUGGAUUGGUGGGGUUAUUCUCUUGAAAUUCUAAAUUCUGGGUGUUUUUAUUUCAGAGUUUUUGAGAUUAGAUAGAUUAAAAUCGAGUUUUUGGGGGGGGGGAAAUGGGUAAAGUGGUGGUUGUUGCGACGGUGUUGGGAGCUGCAGCAGUUUGUGCGGCGGCGGUAGGGGGGUUGAUUGUGAGUCGUCGGAUGAAAAAUGGGGCGAAAUGGAGUCGUACGAUUGAGAUAUUGAGGGAUUUUGAGGAGAAAUGUGGGACCCCAGUUGAGAAAUUGAAGCAGGUGACUGAUGCCUUGAUUGUGGAGAUGAAUGCUGGACUUCAUUCUGAUAAAGGUGGCCGUGUUAAGAUGCUCAUCAGCUAUGUUGAUAAUCUUCCUACUGGGGAAGAGGAUGGUUUGUUUUAUGCAUUGGAUCUUGGGGGAACAAACUUCCGUGUUCUUCGAGUUCAGUUGGGUGGCAAGGAUGGUGGCAUUAAGCACCAAGAGUUUGCAGAAGUUCCGAUCCCCAUGGAAUUGAUGAUUGGAACGUCAGAUGAUCUUUUUGACUAUAUUGCAAGUGAACUUGCAAAAUUUGUUACCCAAGAAGGUGAAGAAUUUCAACUUCCUUUUGGUAGAGAAAGGGAACUCGGUUUUACCUUUUCAUUCCCUGUAAUGCAAACAUCCAUUGACUCUGGAACUUUAAUCACAUGGGCAAAAGGCUUCUGUAUAGAUGAUACGGUUGGAAAGGAUGUAGCGGAAGAGUUGGCAAAAGCAUUGAAGAAACAAGGGGUUGAUAUGCAUGUCACAGCUUUGGUUAAUGAUACAGUUGGUACACUAGCUGGAGGUAGAUUCUCAAACAAAGAUGUCAUCGCUGCAGUGAUAUUGGGCACAGGAACGAAUGCAGCGUAUGUGGAGCGUGCAGAAGCAAUACCUAAAUGGCAUGGUCCUCUACCAAAGUCGGGAGAAAUGGUGAUUAACACUGAAUGGGGUAAUUUCCAGACAUCAAAUCUUCCAUUAACAGAAUAUGACAAGGCCUUGGAUUGUGACAGUCCCAACAGUGGCGAGCAGAUUUAUGAAAAGAUGAUAUCUGGGAUGUAUUUGGGUGACAUCGUACGUAGAGUUCUGUACCGAAUGGCUGAAGAAGCUUCCUUCUUUGGCGGUACCAUCCCUCCGAAAUUGGGGAUUCCAUUCAUCUUGAGGACACCUGACAUGUCAGCUAUGCAUCAUGAUACAUCAGCUGAUCUCAGUGUCAUUGGGUCUAAAAUAAAGGACAUUUUAGAGAUACCAACCCUUUCCUUGAAGAAAAGGAAAGUCAUACAUGAUCUGUGCAGAAUCGUGGCAACACGUGGGGCCCGUCUUGCUGCAGCAGGCAUUUUGGGGAUUCUGAAGAUGGUGGGAAGAGACACAUUGUUAAGCUGUAACGAGAAGCAAAAGAGUGUUGUAGCCAUGGAUGGUGGAUUAUACGAGCAUUACACUGAAUUCCGGGAAUGUUUAGAAGAAACGUUGAAAGAACUUGUUGGAGAUAAAGUCUGGGAACACAUCUCAAUCGAGCAUGCUAAUGAUGGUUCGGGAAUUGGUGCUUCCCUUCUAGCUGCUUCUCACUCGCGCUACCUUGAGCCUGAGGUCAAGGAAAGUCAAGACGAUAUUGUAGUUGUUCCAAGUAUGCUGUCAGAGGAUUAACACUUAACAGGGUUAGUUCAAUACGUCAGUAAAUUCUGUAUUCAGUAUUCUUCUUAGGUAGUUUUACUGUCACACAUUGUUGCCCUCCCAGUAUGUAACAAGCACCUGGAAAGAUGGAGCACAUUUGGGUGAAAGUUGAAUGCAUAAUUUUUUCUUCACAGAUGAAUAAAAAUGGGAGUUCUGUAA